CUCACACUACACAUAUCCUUCUUUGCUUUGAGUGUUCUGGGAGAGAAAAAAAGCAACUUUCUACAUUUUUGAGAGAGAUAGAGAGAGAGAGAGAGAGAGCUUCGGGGUGAGUGACAAUGGAGGGGAAAGAAGAGGAUGUUAAGCUUGGAGCAAACAAGUACUCAGAGAGGCAACCCUUGGGCACAUCAGCUCAAACAGACAAGGAUUACAAAGAGCCACCACCAGCUCCUCUGUUUGAGCCAGGGGAGCUCACUUCAUGGUCCUUCUAUAGGGCUGGGAUUGCAGAGUUUAUGGCAACCUUCUUGUUCCUCUAUAUCACUAUCUUGACUGUAAUGGGUGUGUCUAAGUCACCCUCUAAAUGUGCCUCUGUGGGUGUUCAAGGGAUUGCUUGGGCUUUUGGUGGUAUGAUCUUUGCCCUUGUGUACUGCACUGCUGGUAUCUCAGGAGGACAUAUAAACCCAGCUGUGACUUUUGGACUGUUUUUGGCAAGGAAGCUGUCCCUUACAAGAGCUGUUUUCUACAUAGUGGCGCAGUGCCUUGGUGCAAUCUGUGGUGCUGGUGUUGUGAAGGGAUUCGAAAAGCACAGUUAUGAGGUGUUGGGUGGUGGAGCUAACUCUGUGAACCCUGGCUACACCAAAGGUGAUGGUCUUGGUGCUGAGAUUGUUGGCACUUUUGUCCUUGUUUACACUGUCUUUUCUGCUACUGAUGCCAAGAGAAGCGCCAGAGACUCUCAUGUCCCUAUUUUGGCCCCUCUUCCUAUCGGGUUUGCAGUGUUCUUGGUUCACUUGGCCACAAUCCCCAUCACAGGAACUGGCAUUAACCCUGCCAGGAGUCUUGGAGCUGCCAUUAUCUACAACAAAGAGCAUGCAUGGAAGGACCAUUGGAUCUUCUGGGUUGGACCUUUCAUCGGAGCUGCUCUUGCUGCUGUGUACCACCAGAUUGUUAUCAGAGCCAUUCCUUUCAAGACCAGGGCUUAGAUUUAUCUUCCGAAACUAGUCUUGCAUGCUCAUCUCUGGUUGACACUUAUUUCCUAUUUUGGUAUCUCUUUUUUUUAUUUUCAUCUUCUUUUUGUAGUUUUUUAACUAAUCUCCAUGUGAACCUGGUCUGAAUGUGAAGAUUAUUAUAUGUAAAUUAAUUAUCCAGUAUUCGUGAUGUAUUCAAAAUUAUGUGCAUGACAGCGUUAAAUGGAGAAUUAUUCUUUUUUAUGUUGUAA